GGAAGCCGGAGUGGGUAUGUUUUAAAAAAAAGAAAAAGAAGAAGCUAGAAAUGCCUUCGUUUACUCGACGAGGGGGAGAUUCAUUCAUCAGACAAGACCGGCUACUGUGGACCACCGUGUGACGCUCUCCUGUGUGCAGUGAACGGACUUUGCAUUGGAUAUACAAAUUGAUGAAGGCAUUUGAGAGAGGGGAUAAAGACGUGAACUUCGAGAGACGGAAGUUCCACGGAGCGGUUUGCAACAUCUGGAAUUAAGACCCUUUCCCUACGCGGGGAAUUGGAAUACCAUCUUCAUGCAACUUUUUUGGAAAGAAACCAAAAGCUUUUCACCCGAGAACAGCAAAAAGACCAACGGCGGUGACAUCGCACUAUUGACAGGAACUGUAGGUUUCCCAGUAUCCUUCACCCCCUCCGGGGAGAUGUUCCAAGGGUUUCCCGGGGACCUAGACAGCGGUUCCCGUGGGAGUUCGUCUCCGUCCAUCGAGUCCCAGUACCUCUCCUCCGUGGACUCCUUCGGGAGCCCACCUGCCACCACUGCUCCACAGGAGUGUUUGCCAACUGGAGCUGGGUUGAGCAGUGUGGGCGGCGGGCCAGGGGGCAGUGUUGGAGGGGUAGAGAUGACUGGCUCGUUUGUGCCCACUGUAACUGCUAUCACCACGAGCCAGGACCUGCAGUGGAUGGUUCAACCAACCCUCAUCUCCUCCCAAGCCUCUGCACAGAGCGGGUCCACUGGUACCUCCACCAUGACCCAACCAGUGUCCCUGGUGGACCCCUAUGACAUGCCGGGCCCCAGCUACACUUCUGGGUCUGGGUUCACCCCUCCAAGCUCAGAAACGCCAGGGCCAGCCCCAGGGCCCAUCCGCCAGUCCAGAACCCGCAGCCGCCGCACACGAGACGAGUCUGUGAGUGACGAUGGAGAUGUUGGUCUGUUACUAACUCCAGAGGAGGAAGAGAAGAGGCGUGUGCGGCGUGAGAGAAACAAGCUGGCUGCUGCCAAAUGCCGAAACCGACGGCGAGAACUCACAGAUAGACUGCAGUCGGAGACAGACAUACUGGAGGAACAGAAGGCUGAGUUGGAGGCUGAGAUCUCUGAGUUGCAGAAGGAGAAGGAACGUUUGGAGUUUGUCCUGGUAGCCCACCAGCCAACCUGUAAGAUCCCCUACCAGGACCACCCGCAGCCAGGCUCUGUAGAGCUCCCUUCAGGCCAGUCUCAGCUCGCUCCCCAGUCCCUACCACCACCUAUCUCCAUUGUGGGCUUGACUGUGAAGGAAGAUUCAUUCUACAUGCCUCCCGCCUACACCCCUCACCCAGCCUCCACCCAGUCCCAGCCGCCGAUUCAGCAGCAGCAGCAAGUGCAGCAGCAGCCUCAGCCGGGGAUGAUGCAGGAGGUAGCGUUUUCUAGUUCUUUCUAUGGCUCAACUGAGCCAGCUCCCGGUGGGCCAUGCCUAAUGGCCAGUGACAGUGGUGGUGGUAACCAUGACGGCAGCUACAACCCCUCAUAUACAUCUUCAUUUGUGUUCACCUACCCAGAGGGAGCCUGCGGGGUCAGUGCCAACCAGCGGAACAGCAGUAGCGAGCAGUCGUCCGAUUCCCUGAACUCGCCUUCGCUGCUGGCGCUUUGACUGACCGACAGACAUGCACACACAUAUCAACCUGCAUCAUUAUUUUCGCUGGAAGUAGAGGCCUAGGGAUGCACAUGCACAGUACCUAUCAGUCUCUCACAGUCAGCAGCCAAAAAAGAAGUACCAUUCACAAUUAUUUGGACUAAAGUCUACUUAAACUGUCAUGCAUUCCAACAAAGAGCCAUACCAACACAUAAUUGCACAUUAGACCAAUGUUGAGAGUUCAAUUUAAAGAAUUAGACCUUUCUGGUUUAAAUGCACAUUUGUAACUGGACAAAAUAAGUGAACCAAACUGAGCUUUAAAGCGCGGAGAGCCCAUCCAAGUUGCUAGUUACUAACAAGUGCCCUGAAUACCUUACUUCACAAUAACUACUUUUGACCUUUUAUAUCCACAGCGAAUUGAGUAGAAUUGCCGCAAAUUCACAUGAGCAAUCCCAAAAGCACCAUUGUCCCCCCUUCGUUCCCUCUGUCGGUCAACCCUCCUCCAGUGAGCUUGCUCUCAUCCUUUACCAUCUCUUUCUUCUUUCCUCACGCUGAAUGUAUUUUGUACAGUGCUGAAAUAAGGGAAAAGGACACUUCUUCGCGGGGUCUUUUUUUCCUUGGGGGACAGACUGCUGAUCUUUUGCUCACCUCUGCUUCCUCAUCCACUCGACUCCCUCUGCUUCUUUGUAAUCUGGAAUUUGGAAAGUUUGGAAUCUGAAUCAAACAGCCGCCGCUAUAUCUUGUGCUCUCUCUCUCCUCUCUUUUUUGAAAUUCUUCAUCCACCUGCCAUCCAUCCCAUUUUCCCCCCCAAUCUAUGUUUCUCCUCUUCUGUUUCUGUGUCUCUUCCUCUUUCUGAAGUCUUCGACCCCUGAGAGCCCGAAGAGCCCCUCCAGCCCCUGGGACCUUGAGUGAAUGCCGGUCAACCUAACGCGCCCCCUCCCCCUUGCACCACCUCACACAUGGACAUGGGAGCAACCCCGUAAAGAGGAGCCUUAUUGGAGGGCAUUGCUCAAAGCUCAUUCCUUACAGCGAACAGCAGCCAAAUACAGAUGCACACAGAUGCCAAUGUAAAACGUCAGAAUGCAAGAGGGAUGCCACUGUCUUCUGCUGAGCCAAUUUUGGACAUUCAAACGAUGACGAUCUACCGGAUUUGUGGUGUGAUGGUGGUUAAAUGAGUAUGGCGAGAGAGAGAGAGAGAGAGAGCGAGAGAGCGAGAGAGAGAGAGAGAGAGUUGGCUGGAGAGAAGUAUUUCCAGCCAAAGGCAGACAAGUUCUGCCUGGAAGGACAGAGAAAGGAUGAAUUUUACUGUAACUAUCAACCUCUGGAGCCAAAUAAUGAAAACAAAGCAAAAAAAAAAAAAAAAAAGAACGAGAAAGAAAAGAAAAAACAAACAGAAGAAAAUCCUGCUCUUACCAACGGUGUGGAAAAGUGAAGUCUCACUGUUGCCCUGCAUGAUACCACCUCCAUACCACAAAGCCUGGUGGGCCCUGGCCCACACACAUACUUACACCGUCACUUUCAAGCCUCUGGAAGGGAUGCUACAUACUAGGUUUUGUUACAAUGUACCCGCCCCCUCGUUAUGUCAGUGAGUGCUUUCUGGUGUUUAUGCAGGAUUGAUGUGGUGAGUUUCAUGUUAAGAUAAUAACAAAAUGAGGGGGGGGGGGUUAUGAAAACUAAUAUCAUGCAGAAGUGGAUGUAGUUGUUUGACAUGGAGCUUUCCUGAGACUUGGUCGGUCCGCAAGCUCCAUAAAACGGUCCAGAUGUGAACCAAUGUCUUUUUAUUCAGAGGAGAGACUGCGUUUUUAUCGGUGAUUUGGACAACCUCUAAGCAUUGGGUCCAGUGGUCUCUUGGCCUCCCCCCGUCCCCAAAAUGGAGACAAGGCGGGGGUUCGUUUAUUGUGAGUGUGUCCACUCGGAGCCACUUGGCCCGUUGAUUUCUUUCUUUAUUGAGGUUGAUGCUGUAAGGGAGCAUAAAGAGAGACCUGAGGUUAGAGACACCACGUGCCGUGGUUUCGGAGUGAGCAGUCUUUCUUGGCCUGUGAAAUAGUACAAUUUCUUUCCCUGUAUGUUUGAGUGAAACGUGUUAUACAUUAUUUUGUUAUUUGUUUUGUUUGUUCGUUUUGUGUUGUCCCCCGCUCUCUACAUGUGCUGUUGCUGCCAAUGUAUCUUGUUUUUUUUUGUGGGGAUAUUUCCACCUAACUGUUACUAUUAUUACAUUAUGACUAUUAUUGUAUCAUUAUUUUUCUAAUUUUAUUUUUAUUUGGCAACUUCAGAGGCAUGUUGUGCACUAUGAAUGUUUUUUGGUCAUAAAUUCUAAUUGUAAGCCUUUAAACAUAUACAUAUAUACAGGAAACACGAAUAUAUAUAUAUAUAUAUAUAUAUAUAUAUAUAUAUAUAUAAGUGUAUGUACCAUGAUUGUAAAGUAUGAAUGUUUGCAUAUCUAAAUGGGAUAUUUUUGUCAUUGAAGAAAAAGAUGCAGUAAUGUUAUUGAGGCUAGUUUUAAAAACGAUAUUUUUCUAAAAGAACAGAAAACUAUAAUAAACUUUAAGUACUCCCUGGUCCCUCCACAUGCAGCGCGGUUUCACUGCCUCUACCUGUGUGUAUUUAUAUGUUUUAUAUAGAAAGCACUAUUCAGGACACAAAUGUAUUGUUUAGGAUGAGGUUGCAAGGUUGUGCUAUUGCCUUUGACUUGUGUGUGUUUGUUUGUUUGUUUGUUUGUUUGUUUUUCUCUGUGAGGUCUGUCCCGAAGCUACUGACACCUAGACUCAAUGCCAUUACACAUUUAUCAGACGCAAAAUGAGGAAACUAUUAUGAAUGAAUGUCAAGAUGCACAUUACGAGCAUCGAUUUUUUUUCCAAAUAAGAGUUUAACUGUUUCAUUUAACAAUCUAUUUCAUGUGCAUUAUGCAUUUUGUGCAAUAAAAGCAUAUCACUCU